GGAAACGUGGAACAUUAGGCGUGAGGUGGAAUUUAUACAGUAUUGUUUUGAUAUUUCGAGUGCAUUUGACUUUUGUCGUUUUGGUACCUACUAUUUACAUUUGUGUGUUUUGUAUAGAGGUUUACAAAAUGGAGGUCAAGCAUAGAAUAACUGCAAGUGCAAGCAGACCAAUCAAAGUUGAGGAUGAAGAUUUCUCCACUAAUCCAGAGGUUUUGCAAAGCAUUACAUCCCAUGAAGUCCCAGAAAUUUUAUCAGAAACAGGGGUGAGGUCCACCCAUAGUAUUGAAACUGGUAUUCCAUGUCCAGCACAGGUCACCAUUGAAGUAGAGGAGAAAUCUCUCUAUGAUCCAGGAGGGACCUAUCAAGCAUUUUAUGGCAAUUCUAACUUUAGUUCCAGAACAAGUUUUAAAAGUAUGACAUUUCACUCAGGAAAAAGAAGAGGUGAUCAAGCUACAUUUCAGAUCCCGAAAAAGAUUGGUGCAAUCAGUAAGCAUGAAAAUAUAGAAGCCGCCAGCCCCAUUAAAGAUGAACCUGAAAACUAUUCCUGCUUCUUCUGCAAGGCACGCUUUUUAAGUGGCCUGAAAGUGAUGCAUGUUGUUCUCGGUAAGCCAUUACCAUCAAGCAUGUUAGACCCAUUGUCACUCCUCCACUGCUUUGGGGUUCAGUUUCCAGUGUCACAGACAGUAGAUCAUACUGGUUUUCCCACUGUGGAUAUUUGCAGUAAGUGUUAUGUGGUAAUAACUGACUGCGACAUUCUGUAUCCACAUUUGCAUUCGGCUGUGACAAAGAUUCUUGAAGUUUGGCCAGAAAAGAUGAAUGGUAUGAAAACAUUGUCUUUGAAUGUUUCAUUUGAUGGGGAUGGAAUAGUUCCAGCAAACUGCAAAAGUUCUCCACUGAAAGAAAAGAAGAAGCUUUUGUUGCCAGAUGUCCAGUUGUCCUUUUCAUAUACCAGAGCAUCAGAUUUGCCUUCCAAAUCUCCCCAGAGAUCAGGUGACAAUAUUUCUCACUGUGGAAAUGUUGCUUGUGAAUCCAGGAACUCCAAAAAAGUUUGUAUUAGUGAGAUUUUUACCUGUGGAUUUUGUGGGAGAGUUUUCAAUAGUGAAGAAGAUUGGAGUAACCAUGCUAGUACUGAACAUAAGAUUUUACAAAAGUGGCUGUCAUAUGAUUUGCAGGUAUCACUAAAGCGUACUGUUGGGAACGAAGUCCACUGGAACAACAGUUAUAACACUAGGCAAGAUAAAAGCAAAGGUGAACGUAGGUGUUAUGCUUGUAAUAGUAUUUAUCCGAACAAAAAUGACUUGCUGAAACAUUUGCAAGAGUAUCAUAAAAUGGUUGUUAAGGAGACAGAAAAACUGCCCUGCCCUAACAAAGGGGAAAUGUUGCCUGAAGUGACAUGCAAAACAGAGCCAGAGUAUGCAGAUGAUGAUCAGAUGUCAACUUGUUAUUCUGAUGGUAGUUUAAGCACUGGAGACUUGGAUGACUUGGAAAGUGAACUUCAAACACCUGAUGGUAAAUCAAAGAACAGAAACGGUGCCAAGCCCCACGUUCAUUUUGUAAGCGUUAAAGGUAAAGGGGGUGAACCAGGUGUCAAAAAAGUUUAUGCACCUCACUGGCGAUGCAGAAUAUGUGGGAUGUUGUUCUCAAGCCAUGAGGUCCUGAUGAGGCACAGGAAUCAGUCACAUCCAGAAACCACCAGAAUAAUAAAGAAAAAAAAUUAUGGGGACAAUUUUGUCAAUACAAUUGGAGAGUCCAGAGUUAAAAUGGAAGUUCGCUGCCCAGUAUGUAAUCAGUUUGUUGAGAACAAUGAAUCUUUAAAAGAACACCUUCAAAUAAUUCAUCAGAAAUACAUGGUUGUUUUGGAUAAUAAGACAGCACCCACUGUUGAGACUGGUUUAUUAAGAAAGGAGAAAAUUCGCUCCUCAAGAAGGGGACGAGGUGCAAAAAGUCGCGGUCAACCGCCGAAAGAGGAUUUAGGAUAUUGUGUCGUUUUAAAGGGUGAUGGUCAGGGUGGUAUCAAUGAUCAGCGACUGAAGAUCGAUGAAGAAUUGCAAGGGUUUGAAGGAAAUGGUGACUCUCAGGAACAAAAUACCAACUUAGACAUAGAAGCAGUGGAAGAGAAGGAAAAGAAAGUCAUAUGUGGGAUAUGUGGGGAAGAGUUUGAAAAUCGCAUUUUAAUGGCAGAACAUAGUUGUUCAGUAAAAGAAGACAUAGAGGUAGUUGAAAAUACUGAUGUCACGAGUGGUCCAAAUGAAAUUGUCAUGUUAGAAUGCAAGCUUUGUGACAGAAGACUCCACGGUGUCAACGCCCUCCGGAUCCACAUGGCCCGGGUCCAUGGGGACCCUAACAAGAAGAGACAGUACAAGCAUCGUUGCAAGGUUUGCUCAUUUCAAACCAGGUUACGUAGUCAGUUUUAUAAACACAUGAAAGAAAGUCAUAGCAUUGAUGUCCAACCACCUGUGAAAUGUUUUGUGUGUGGGAAAAUGUAUAAUUCUCAAUAUAUUAGCAGACACAUUGCUGUUGUUCAUGGUACUGCAAAUAAUAAGAAAUAUUCAUGCAAAUUCUGUGACAUGAAGUAUCAUGACUUAGUGUAUUUAAAGCGUCAUGUAUAUUUUGAUCAUGCAAAUACUAAGUGGAAGUGCCAAGUGUGUCAUAUGGAAUUUGAAAAAUAUCACCAAUUGAGACAACACAGGGUUAAUGUUCAUGGUACAAAAAUACAUAAAUGUACCGACUGUGAAAAGACUUUCAAACGCAAGGGUGAUUUAACGACUCACAGAAAGCGGAGGCAUGAAGCAAAAGUACCCUCGGUAUGUUCAUUUUGUUCAAAAGCCUACAGUGAGCCAUCAAAGUUACGCGUUCACUUAAUUGAGAAACAUGACGUACCUUGGGAAAACACUUUAUCUCGUCGUUAUGCUCGUCACCAGCAAGAAAAUAAAUGCCUGAAGCGACUUAAUGUCAGGGAUACAAGGGUAAUAAGUGAAGUAGUGCAUACAGAAGGCUACAUCCAGCAUAAACAAAUUCGUAAUAUUCAGAGUGAAUCAGGAAUUCACAGAGCUGACUCAUCCUAUGAGGAAGAAGAAUCUGAAGAAGAUUUCCAAGGGCGACAAAAAUUCUCAGAAGUGAACAGUGAACAGCAGCAUUUACCCCAAGGAGAAAUUGUUAGUUCAAAGGGGAGUAUAUUAUCAUCUUAUGAAAACUCCCAAGUAAAUGAUGUGCCAGAAUCAGGUUAUAAUGUAGUAGAAGUUACAGAAACUGAUGAAAACAUGGGAAAUAUUGGUGAGAUUAGUUAUAUUAUUUAUGAAGAAUCUAGUGCCUAGACCUUGUUCCGAGUGAACUAAAAUAGAUAUGUCUAUAUGUAUACUGUGUGUAUACGUAUACAGUCUGACCUCGAAAAUCUGCUAUUCCGUGGUCCAGGAACUCCCAUGCUCCAGAAUAUACAGCUUACAAAAGAACCAUAAUUUGCUUAUAAACAUGUAUAUACUAUUUUGAUCUCAUGUAUCAUGCAAUCAUUAAAAUUUCAUCCCAAAACAUGAUUUAAUCUUAUAAUGCGUGUAUAGUGCGAGAUGUAUUUUCAAUAGGUUAAGACUUGCUAGGCUUUCUAUGCCUGUCUUGGUUUCAGCAUAUAUCAUUGAUACAUAUUGCAUCCUAGGUAGCUCUUAAACAAGAAAUAGGCUUAGAAGCCAAAGUUCAUUAGGAUAAGUGCAAAUUGUCAUACAUUAAAUCAGGCCUCCCAACCUUGUGACUUAUCUAAGAAUUCAUCAUGAUUUCUUAUAAUUAAGAACCAGUUACUACUACGUGCAAGACAUGCAUACGGAGAGUGACUUCCAUAAUUAAGAAUAAAAUAAAUCUUUGUUCAUCCUUCACUCAGUGGAGAGGAAACUUAAAGUUUGCAAAAAAUUUUACAGCUGUACCUAUGCUGAAGAAACAACUAUUGUACAGGACACAGAACAAUUUGAAAGAGGCAAAAGCAACAUCCGAUACUGGCGAGAUCACACAUUUACUUCAUUUAACCUACUGCAUUUAUAAAUAAAUUGAGUUGCAUUUUUAAACCCAGCAAUGAUAAUUUACGGAAAAAAAAGAAUCUGUGAAAUGCAUUUCAUUUGGCAACUAAUGGCCAUGAUGAUGUUGGUAAAAUACAAUCAGCUGAUGAUUUUAAGAAUGAAAACAUUAUCUGAAUGCAAAUGACACUUGAACACAGUGACAAUAAUGCAUGAAUUAUAACUGCAUACUGUUUAUAAAACAAGUUUUAUUAAAUUGUUCAUUCCUAAUACAGAUGUUAUUCGGAUUUUGCAAAUGGAUAUCUUUCAGUGUAACAUCUCUUGUGGGGUCAAGAGUCUCUCUCUCUCUCUCUCUCUCUCUCUCUCUCUCUCUCUCUCUCUCUCUCUCUCUCUCUCUCUCUCUCUCUCUCUCUCUC